CCCUUCACCCCAGCAGAAAAACCCAGAUUGGGGGUCGAGGUGGCUGGCGACAUAGCGUCCCUGGAGGAUUCUGAAAAGGGUUCUUUUCAUAAGAAUCCAAAUCCUAAAAAUAACAACCAAAACCAAACUCAGGGCAAACAAACCAUGAUGACAGGGACUCUCAAGGCCAUGAUGGCCGAUCACAGCACCCAUUCUGAGCCCUCCCAUUGCCAACUUCCCUUGGAGCCUGACGCCAACCACACCGACCCAUACAACUCUUCUUUACCACAACCACCCACACCCACCGCCCGCCUAUCAACCCCAUCACCCCAUCCACCUUCUUCAUGCCACACACCUCUCCCCAACAUGACCUUCAGGCCAGCUUACCACAUCGCCCGUCCACACAGAAAACUGGUGGACUGGUCCUUUAGGCCCCGGAAACCUGUGGGGGACUCAAACAUCAAUCGUAUUCCAGCUCACAGUAACCCGGACAUCCAACUGGCUAGUUAUCCCGGCGCUAACUUUUACCACUUUCUCAAAAUCUGUGAAACCCCCCCCAGCCCCUCCACCAAGAUCCUGGUGUUGUCGGUUGGUCUUAAUAAUAAAGACCAAGACCCAAAAGAAACAUCAAUUAAACAACUUAAAGCACUCUCCAGAACAGCCCGCAUGGUCUUUCCCAAUGCCGAUAUCUACUUCCCCAUCAUCAACUUCUCCACGAACGUUACAUCCACCCAACAACACAAUCUGAAACUUAUCAAUAAUACCAUCGCCGCCCGCCUACGGUUUUUGAUAGAGAUACCGCAUGACACCUUUAUCACCGAGGCAGACAACAUCCAUUGGACCCCAGCUACAGCUGCGGCCAUAUUCACACAUUGGUGCAGACAAUUGAGUUUAUCGCAUAUCUGAACUCUACACCGGCCAUGCACACCCCUGCCCUUAACCCCUUCUCAAUCGCUCACACCAAUAAACACCACAAUCCCAUACACCCCCCUCCCCCUCCCUCCCCCCGAUCCCCUUCCCUAACACAACCUCCCUUAGCACAACGGAUCCUAACUCAACUAAAUUCAGAAUCCAGUGUCCUUAAUCUCUCCUCCCUACUCAAUUUGUCCCCAUCUCAAACCCAACUGCUUGAAAAAGGCCUAUCAUUCAUCCCACGCCCCUCCUGAUAUGACUGGGAGGAGCUUCGGAGGGACCUACACCAUUAUCAUAGACGCAUCAAAAUAAUUGACCACUUCCACGGGAAACAUCAGCAGAACACACAACAAUUUACAUUACCGUCCAGUUGGGAACCUACUGGCAUACAAAUCCAUCCACAAAUACAAUCCAUUAUCCACUCUGACAAUAACAUUAACAUAUAUCGGCCCCCACCAAAUGUCUCUGACAAUCUGUCGGAGGCCGAACGUUCAGCCUUACAGCAACUCAUAAAAAAUCCAAACAUUGUAAUAAAACCAGCAGAUAAAGGAUCAAAAGUAGUUAUCAUGGAUCGCCAACAAUAUCUCCUUGAAGCAAACCGCCAACUGUCCAACCCUCUCCACUACAAACCUAUCCCAACCACAAUACAACACGCAGAUACAGAUACGGGACAUAAUUCAAACCCUUUACACCAAAAACUACAUUUCAGCCAAACAAGAUUUUUUAUCAGGUCCUAAUAAUCCCCGUCCCCGCUACUUCUACCUCCUCCCCAAAAUCCAUAAACAACCCCAGAGCUGGAUGGUUCCCUCCGAAGUUCCUCCGGGCCGCCCAAUAGUCUCAGACUGCAACAGUGCCACCUACAAUGUGGCGCAAUAUAUUGCUCAUUUUCUCUCUCCCCUUUCCACCCGUCACCCAAGCUACGUUAAAGAUACCUACCACUUCCUCGAGAUGAUACGCCCCAUGACUGUUCCAUCAAAAGCAUUUCUAUUCACCAUCGACGUUGACAGUCUGUAUACAAAUAUAGACACCAAUCUGGGCCUGACAGUCAAACACAAUUUUUCAACGAUACCCAGACCCCAAACGUCCCGACCCGGAAAUCCUUUCGCUCCUUCGACUCUGUCUAGAGAACAACGAUUUUCUCUUUAAUGAU